AUGUCUUCGAACGACCAGCCAUGGUGGAAAGAGCAGGAAGAAAUAGUUAUUUCCGGAGUGUCCGGACGCUUUCCAAGAUGCGAGAACGUCAAUGAAUUCGGGGAUCUUUUGCUCCAAGGCGAAGAUCUCGUCACGGAGGACGAUCUCAGGUGGCCUCCUGGCUUUUACGAUCUGCCAAAGCGACAUGGUAAGCUCAAGGAUCUCAAAAAGUUCGAUGCGCAAUUCUUUUCUGUGACUCCUAAACAGGCCAACUUUAUGGAUCCUCAAGUUCGUAUUCUACUUGAAGUAGCCUGGGAAGCGAUGGUUGAUGCUGGUAUCAAUCCGGUGGAUCUAAGAGGUUCACGAACAGGAGUAUUCGUCGGAUGUUCGGCUUCGGAAACAUCCGGAGCUCUGACACAGGAUCCGGAAACUGUUACCGGCUAUACGUUAACGGGAUGCGUUCGAUCAAUGUUCUCGAAUCGUAUCUCGUACACAUUCGAUCUACAGGGACCAUCGUUCUCAGUUGAUACGGCUUGCUCCAGCUCAUUGCUAGCCCUUCAGCUAGCUGUCGAUGCUAUUCGUCAGAAGCAAUGUGAUGCAGCCAUUGUGGCUGGAGCUCACUUGACGCUGACACCAACGGCUGCUUUACAAUUCCUUCGUCUUGGAAUGCUCACGGAAAAGGGAAGUUGCCGUUCCUUUGACGAUUCUGGUGAUGGCUACUGUCGUACCGAAGGAGUAGCUGCCAUCUACAUUCAACGUAAAUCGAAAGCGAACCGUAUCUAUGCUACUGUGGUUCAUGCCAAGUCAAAUACUGAUGGUUACAAGGAACAGGGAAUCACAUUCCCAUCAGGAGAACGCCAAGCUCAACUUCUUGAAGAAGUCUAUAAUGAGGCUGGUGUUGAUCCAAACACUGUCUACUAUGUAGAAACCCAUGGAACGGGAACAAAAGUUGGAGAUCCACAGGAAGCCAAUGCUAUAUGCCAAGUGUUCUGCUCGAAUCGUAAAGAACCACUUCUAAUCGGAUCCGUCAAAUCGAACAUGGGUCAUGCUGAACCCGCUUCGGGUCUAUGUUCCAUUGCUAAGGUACUCGUCGCUAUUGAACGCCAGAUGAUACCACCAAAUCUUCACUUCAAUACACCUAAUCAAUAUAUCCCUGGUCUUACUGAUGGCCGACUAAAAGUCGUUACCGAACCGACACCGUUACCUGGAGGUAUUAUCGGAGUGAAUUCGUUCGGAUUCGGAGGUUCGAACACGCACGUGAUCCUCAAGGCCGCCGAUCACACGGUACCACCGCUCAGUGAGCUGCCAUUUACGAAAAUCCUAACUUACUGUGGACGUACACAAGAUGCUGUUCAUCAUGUCUUUAGCGUCGUUGAAAAUAAUGUCAACGAUGGCUAUCUCCAAGCCCUCCUUGCUAAUCAGGCAAAUCUCCCAGCUAAAGAUACCCCAUACAGGGGUUACAUGCUCAUCAAUAGAGGUGGUGAUCAGCCUCCAUUGAAGGAUGUUGUCAAGGUAACAAUCACUGAGCCACGUCCGAUCUACUUCAUCUAUUCCGGUAUGGGCUCACAAUGGCCCGGUAUGGGUAUGAAGCUCAUGAAGAUUCCAGUGUUUGAUGAGUCGCUCAGGGCUUCUAGCAAGACGUUGGAAGAAUUCGGUCUGGACGUCUACGGAAUGCUGUGCAAUCCGGAUCCAGCUCAAUAUCAAAACAAUACUCUUAACUGUAUGCUUGCCAUUACAGCAAUCCAGAUUGCUCUCACUGAUCUUCUCUUCUCUCUUGGAGUAACACCCGAUGGUAUCAUUGGUCAUUCGACCGGUGAAAUGGGUUGUGGUUACGCCGAUGGCGGUAUCACACGUGAACAGACAAUGCGGUUGGCUUACCAUCGUGGAACCACCAUGAUGAAACAUAAGGAAAUCAAGGGUGGUAUGGCCGCAGUUGGUCUGACUUGGGAAGAAGCCCGAGCACAAUGCCCGCCAGGAGUUGUCCCGGCUUGUCACAACGGUGCUGACUCGGUUACUAUCUCGGGAGAUGGUGAGAAAGUACUGGAAUUCUGUGAACAGCUCAAGGAGAAGGGAGUGUUUGCCAAGGCUGUUGAUUCGUCUGGUAUUCCAUUCCAUUCGCCCAUGAUGGCUCGAGUCAAAGAGCCUAUGCUUGAAGCGAUGCGUACAGCAGUACCAGAACCGAAGCCUCGGUCAUCACGUUGGAUUUCGACCUCGAUUCCCGAAGAGGAAUGGGAGAGCGAAUUGGCCAGCACUUGCUCUGCCGACUACCAUGUGAAUAACGCCAUCUCACCGGUCCUCUUCUAUGAGGCACUCCAGAAGAUCCCACCAAAUGCGGUCACCAUCGAAAUGGCACCCCACUCGUUGAUGCAGGCCAUUCUCCGACGUUCCCUGAUGAAAACUGUCAGCAACGUUGGUCUCAUGAACAAACCGAAGACUGAAAAUGAAAAUGAACUCGAGACAUUCCUUCAGUCCCUUGGAAAAAUCUAUCAAGCCGGAGUGAACAUUCGUGUUGAGGAUCUCUAUCCAGGUGGACGAUACAAGGGACUUGUUCCAAAAGGAACCCCAAUGAUUGGCCCAAUGUGGAAGUGGGACCAUUCCCAGGACUGGCCCGUAAUCGACGGUCGCCACAUGGCUGCCGCUGGUGGUGGUUCCAUUUGUGCAUCAGCAUCAUACCACAUUGAUCCGUUCGCAGCUGAUUCGAAGGAAUCCUACCUUCUUGAUCACUGCAUCGAUGGUCGUGUACUGUAUCCGUUUACUGGUUACUUGGUACUUGCAUGGAAAACUCUUGCCAAGCUGAAUGGAGUCGACUUCCAGAAGACGGCAGUUGUAUUCGAGAACAUCAACGUCUACUCAGCCAUUAUUUUGACCAAACCAAUCAAACUCGAUUGUGUUGUCACACCUGGUAAUGGACAGUUCGAGAUCAUUUCUGAAGAGCAAGUAGCAGCCUCGGGAAGAAUCUAUAUUCCUGAAGAGAAUCAACCAUUCUACUAUGGUAAACUCAGUGAUAUUCGUACAUCGGAAAUUGCUGACCGUAUUGAGUUGGACACCGAAGAUGCCUAUAAGGAAUUCCUUCUGAGAGGCUAUGAAUAUGGACAGGCGUUCCGUGGCAUUUACAAGACCUGCAACUCUGGUGAGCGUGGAUAUUUGUACUGGACCGGCAACUGGGUGACGUUCCUCGACUCCUUGCUGCAGACGGCUCUUCUGGCUGAACGUGCUGAUACCCUCCGUCUUCCGACACGUGUACGACAUCUUCGCAUCGAUCCUGUGAAACAUCUUGAGCAUCUGAUUGAAAAGGAUGGAAUCCAGGUAUUCGAACUACGAAAUGAUCACUGUACCCAUGGAUGCAUCGCAGGUGGUGUCGAGUGCUGUGACUUGACGGCUCACACGGUUGCUCGACGUAUUCAGACGUCUGGACAGCUUUACCACGAACGUAUCUUCUUCGUACCUCAUUAUGAUGACAACUGUAUGAAAGACUUUGAGAAGGAACGGAACAUUCUGGAGCAGUACACUCGAGCACUGAAAUACGUUGUCGCUCGUGGUUUGGAUUCAUGGGAGAAACAGGGUAUUCUGCCGAGAAUGACCAACGGCCAAAUUCUGAAGUCCGUUCUGAAAGCGUUUGCUCCACUGGUCAAGGAGAAUGUGACGGAGCAGGAGAUGCGCGUGUUCCUCGAUGACAGCAAAUGCUCCGUACUUCAUGCAUUUGAUGAGAUCUUUGCCCUGGAGUUCUCCAACGACAUGACAGCCACGGAUUUCGAAGCACUGGUGGUGUCCAAGUUGAAAAAUGUGAAGACCGUAUUCGACUUUGAUCGUGUCUGGAGUGCUGCCCUGUCGUUGGAUCGAAUCAUCAAGACGAUGCAGGACAUUUGUAUCGAGAACUCGGCCGGUCACCAUGCAAUGAUGUGUGCCGUUGAAUUGAACUCGUUCGAACAGCUGAAACAGUGUGUUGAUGCACUUUUGUCGCAUCCACUUCUAGAGCUGGAAUGUAUCUGUGUCGGACCAAAUGUCGAUCAGCUGGAUGACAAUUCUUUGGAGCAGAUUGGUGCCCGAAAAGUACGCCUCAACAUUGAUGAAUCCUUUACGGGCCAUAAUGAUGUGAAGAACAUGGACUACAUGCUUUUGGACAAAGUGCUAAGCAGGAAAGCCGAUCCAGUUGCUUACUUGAAUGCCUGUAAACAUUUGAUUCGUGAUGAUGGUUUCGCCAUUGUCGUCGAAGUCACCUCGGACUAUGAACUGGCCGCUGCUAUUCAGGGGAUGUUCGGCUUCGAACUAUCUGUGACUACGGGUCGCCGAUUUGGUACCUAUUUCACCCAUGACGAGCUACUGAAAUUGUUCCGAGAAUUGGACCGUGAUUAUGCUUGGGAAGUACCAGAGAACUGGUCACUAGCAGAGGCAUCUACCGUACCCGUUGUUUACACAACGGCGUACUAUGCCCUGGUCUGCCGUGGACGCAUAAAGAAGGGUGAAAAGGUGCUGAUUCAUGGAGGAGCAGGUGGUGUUGGUCAAGCAGCCAUUGCUAUUGCGCUGUCAUACGGUUGUGAAGUGUUCACCACCGUUGGAUCCCAAGAGAAACGGGAAUAUCUCAAGAAGAAAUUCCCUCAGCUGAAGGAUGUUCACUUUGCUAAUUCCCGUUCUGCUGAUUUCGAACUGCACAUUCGGCAGUACACGAAGGGUCGAGGUGUGAAUAUCGUGUUGAAUUCGUUGGCCCAUGAAAUGCUUCAAGCGUCCCUUCGUUGUUUGGCACGCCAUGGACGAUUCCUUGAGAUCGGUAAAGUCGACUUGGCCCAGAACUCGUCCCUGGGAAUGUCGAAACUGCUUGACAACGUGACGAUUCAUGGUAUUCUUCUGGAUUCCAUCAUGGACCCAACAGUUGGCGAUUUUGAGGAAUGGAAGGAAGUUGCCGCAUUACUUGAACAGGGUAUCAAGAGUGGUGUAGUACAACCGUUGCCAGCCUCGUUGUUCCCAGCUGACAAGGCUGAGGAAGCUUUCAGGUUCAUGUCUGCCGGUAAACAUAUCGGUAAAGUUGUGAUGGAAAUUCGUAAGGAAGAACCACAACGGAAGUGUCCACCAUCUGACAUUACUGUCCGUGCCAUUUGCCGUACCCUGUGCCAUCCCCAACAUGUAUAUCUGAUUACUGGUGGUCUGGGAGGAUUCGGUCUUGAACUUGCCCAAUGGCUUAUCAAUCGUGGAGCCAGGAAGCUCGUGCUCACUUCGCGGUCGGGAAUCCGUACCGGUUAUCAGGCUCGUUGUGUACAUUUCUGGAGAAGAACGGGCAUCUCAGUGCUGAUUUCCACGCUCAACAUCGCGAAGCGAUCCGAUGCUGAUGAACUGAUCCGUCAAUGUCUUUCAAUGGGUCGUUUGGGUGGAGUAUUCCAUCUUGCUAUGGUCCUACGUGAUUGUCUAUUCGAAAAUCAAAAUGUGCAAAACUUCAAGGAUGCAGCUGAAGCCAAGUAUUACGGUACGAUCAACCUGGAUCAGGCCACCCGGGCAGCGGGUGGUGAUGCCCUCCGAUGGUUCGUCGUGUUCUCGUCCAUCACAUCGGGACGUGGUAAUGCUGGACAAACCAAUUAUGGUUGGUCCAAUUCGACCAUGGAACGUAUGAUCGAACAACGUCGAGAAGAUGGCUAUCCGGGUAUUGCAAUCCAGUGGGGAGCAAUUGGUGAUGUAGGAGUUAUUCUCGAGAAUAUGGGUGACAAUAAUACCGUCGUCGGUGGAACCCUACCACAAAGAAUGCCCUCAUGCUUGGCGUCAUUGGAUCUGUUCCUCUCAUGGAAUCACCCUAUCGUAUCAUCAUAUAUUAAGGCCGACAUGGGACAGAAGAAGGCAGCUGGUGGUGGCAAUUUGCUUCAGACCAUUGCCCAUAUUCUUGGAGUGAAUGACGUGUCCCAAUUGAAUCCUGAUGCGAAUCUUGGAGAUCUUGGACUUGACUCGUUGAUGGGAGUGGAAAUCAAGCAAGCGCUCGAAAGAGAUUACGACAUCGUCCUAUCGAUGAAGGACAUCCGAACGCUGACGCUGAACAAGCUGCAGCAACUGGCAGAAAGUGGUGGCCAAGGUGCAACGACAUUGCAACCAACCGAACUGGAUAUGAAGAAGGAGAGCGAACGAGAUGCUGAACAGAAUACGGUGGAGAUGUUGGAGAAGCAGAUGAAUCAGCUGUUCAAAAUGCGUGUCGAUGUGAACGAUCUCGAUCCUCAGGACAUUGUCAUCGAAGAAGGUCCAGUGACGUUCUUCGUGCAUUCCAUCGAAGGUAUUGCUACCCCGUUGAAACGUGUCAUGACCAAGUGUACAUUCCCUGUCUACUGCUUCCAAUCAACUAAAGAAGUUCCACAAGAUUCCAUUGAAAGUGUUGCAAAGUGCUAUAUCAGGGAAAUGAAGAAAAUCCAACCAGCCGGUCCCUACAGGAUUGUCGGUUAUUCAUAUGGAGCAUGUAUUGGUUUUGAAAUGGCCACAAUGUUACAAGAAUCAGAUGGUCCCUCGGCGGUCGAACGGUUGAUCCUACUUGAUGGAUCUCAUUUGUAUAUGCAGACAUACAGGAAUGUCUAUCGAAUGGCAUUUGGUGUUACUGGAGAUACUCUCGUGAAUAAUCCCCUGUUUGAAUCGGAAAUUAUGUGUGCUAUGACGUUACGAUUUGCUAACGUUGAUUACAAGAAGUUCCGUGUUGAACUACUUCAACAACCAGGAUUCAAAGCCCGGAUACAGAAGGUUGUCGACACUGUAAUGACCACAGGCCUGUUCAAAUCUCCCGAAACUAUCGCGUUCGCCUGUGAAGCGAUGCGAUCGAAGUUCUUAAUGGCAGACAAAUAUAAACCUGAACGUAAAUUUACUGGACUUAUCACACUGGUGCGUGCUGAACAGGGAGCGGCUCGUGAAGAAGACGUGGGUACCGAUUACGGUAUCAGUCAAGUAGCAGAUGACUCAAAGGUGUACGUAGUGGAAGGCGAUCACGACACAUUUGUACAAGGCAAGAGCUCCGCGAAAACGGUAGCCAUAAUCAAUGAAUUGAUUAAGGAGACGUACAAAUGUUAG